UCUCUCUCGAUAUCUCACUUUCUCUUUUCUUGAAGUCUUUGAUCCCUUCGCAAGUUAUUCAAGACCUCAUUUUUUAUGGGUGAAACCCCCCACCACUUCUAUCUCCACCCUUCUCUUCCCUCCUCCAAUCUCAUUGACAGUUUCUCUCAGCAUUCUCGCUCUCAUUCUGAUUGCUGUUGCUGUUGCUCUCGCUCCUCUUUGUCUCCAACAUCAACCUCAUAAGACCCAGCCUUCCGAACGAACGUCAACCAGUUAAUCUCAUAUCCCAUCCAUUGAACCCCAGAUGCAUCCGGUCCUCUGUUCUCAGCCGUCAUCCCGAUCUUCUGUUCGUAGUUACAUUUGCCUCAUUCUACUUUAUUUAUGUAGAGGCAUAUCAGGAGCUACAUUCACUCUAAUCAACCGGUGCGACUUCACAGUGUGGCCGGGCGUUCUGGCCAAUGCGGGCAGCGCUGCAUUGGGCAGCACCGGGUUCGAGCUCCCUCCUGGCACCUCGCGAUCCUUCCAAGCUCCCCCGACCUGGUCUGGCCGGUUCUGGGGCCGAACCGGCUGCAGCUUCGACCCCUCAACCAGCCAGGGUAGUUGUGCCACCGGGGACUGCGGCUCCAACCAAGUCGAGUGCAACGGGGCCGGGGCAGCCCCACCCGCUACCCUUGCUGAGUUCACGGUCCAAACGGGCGGUGCCCAGGACUUCUACGACGUUAGCCUGGUCGACGGGUACAACCUGCCCAUGCUCGUGGAUGCGAGCGGCGGGUCCGGUGCGUGCCUUUCCACCGGGUGCGUGACGGACUUGAACCAGCAGUGCCCGGCCGAGCUGCGGGACGGCUCAGGCCAGGCCUGCAAGAGCGCGUGCGAGGCAUUCGGGAGCCCCCAGUACUGCUGCAGUGGCGCAUACGGCUCGCCAGACACUUGCCAGCCGUCAAUUUAUUCGCAGAUGUUCAAGGCCGCAUGCCCGAGGUCAUAUAGUUACGCAUAUGACGAUCGGACGAGUACAUUUACAUGCACCGGCGCGAAUUACGCAAUCACAUUCUGCCCUUCAUUAUCAGCAAGUCAAAAAUCUGCCACGGACGGGUCUUCGAAUGCCGGAACGACAAGUGGAAACAGCUCGGGAACAACCAGCUCGGGAACAACCGAUUCGAACCAGAGUCAUCCGGACGACAACCCUCCAUGGUUACUGGGUUUCACCAUCGGAAACUCGAGCGGCACCCUUCUCUCUCGUUGCGAUUGGCCGUGGCUUCUGUCUGUCAUCGUCUCUCUAUCUCUCUGUUCUCUACAUUCGUAAUUACUCUUUAUAACACAUUGUUCCACAUACACAAGUUUUCAGUCACACCCUUAGACUAGAGGCCAAUAUUCGAGGCGACCUUGUGUAGAUAUUUCGAAUGCUUUGUUGGAAACGGUAAUACGAACUGUUUAUCUUCGAUCA